AUUUUCCCACCACAGUUCUCACAGGCGCGGACACUCUUUUUUUUUUUGUUGUUGUUCGAAAAGCAUCUAUCCACGAAGAACCCUAGCUGCUGCUACCUAAAAUCCAAUCAAUCACACUUGUCUGCUUUGAGACAAAAGGCGGAUGUAAAAUCUUCUUGCUCGCUCCCAGAAAGAAAUGGACAGCUCCCAGAAGAAGAAGAAGAUCGAAACCCCAACUCCAAAAUCUAAAUUCGAGGAUUCUCCAGUGUUCAACUUCAUUAACAAUCUCUCUCCGAUUGAAACCGUCAGAUCAAUCCCCACUGUUCAGACCUUCAACUCUCUCAGUUUCACUUCUCCUCCUCCUGUCUUCACCUCUCCUCACGCCUCUUUUCACCGGGAGUCCAGAUUCUUCAGAUGUCAUAACUCUGUUGAGCGUUCAAAGGCUUUAGAGUCUCUAGAUUCUACACAAGAAGUUGUUGGAGGAGCAUCAGGUGAAGUAGAUCUAAACAAAGAUGCUACUUUGGAAGAAGAAGAAGAAGAAGAAGAAGAAGAAACUUCUUGUGGUCAUGUUGACUCUCCUCCUGGCCCUGGAGAUAUUGUUACCCAAGUGCUGUUAGAUCCAUCUGGUGGUGCUCCGCGAGGAGAAGACAAUGCUUCUUCUUCUGAGGAUGUCCGGAAGAUUCUUGAUGCUCAGGGAGAGAAUGACACUCCGGGUUGUGGACGUUUGAUGGCAGAUGCAGCUGAGCUUUUAGUGUUUCGAUCUCCUAAUGACUCUGAGGCUUUUGGAUGUCUUGUCGAUAAAAUAUCUAGCUCUGAGAGACGUUUCUGCGCUGGUGUCAAGCUAACUAAGCAGAAUGAUAUCACCAAAGAUGUUCCAGCCAAUGAUAAUGAGCCUUUGGCUUUAGUUCCCAAUCAGUCUGUCUUAAGUUUGCAUCGUGGUAGCAUGAGAAGACGCUGUCUAGACUUUGAGGUGCUAGGGAAGCGGAAGAAGGAUAUAGCUGAUGAUGAUAAGCAAACUUUGGGUGACAACAAGGCGGAAUCUUCCUCAAAAUGCGUUGUACCUGGUAUUGGUCUCCAUCUAAACGCCAUUCCUAUGUCCUCAAAGGCCAUCAAGAUCAACACCAGACAUGAGGGUUCAGCAUCUGUUGAGGUUCAAAAGAGUUUCCCAGGCUCUAUCACUCCUGUUCACUCCCAAGACAUCAUGCAAGAAACUUUGGUCCAAGCAGAAACUGAAGCUGGGGAAGGGUUAGCUGUAGAAGAAGAAACUCCCAAACCAUUGGUGUUUGAAGAGUUGAAUCAGGACAGUUUUCAGAAAAAGAAGCGUAAGGUUGAAGAACCUGGAGAGGGCGAUUCGUGUAAGCGAUGCAACUGCAAAAAGUCCAAGUGUUUGAAGCUUUACUGUGAAUGCUUUGCGGCUGGGGUUUAUUGCAUAGAGCCAUGUUCAUGUGUAGAUUGCUUCAACAGACCUAUCCAUGAAGACACUGUCUUGGCUACCCGCAAACAGAUUGAAUCCCGAAACCCACUUGCAUUUGCUCCCAAAGUCAUCAGAAACUCUGAUUCCAUCAUGGAGACUAGUGAUGAUGCAAGCAAAACUCCAGCUUCUGCACGACACAAACGAGGCUGCAACUGCAAGAAAUCAAACUGUCUGAAGAAAUACUGUGAAUGUUUUCAGAGUGGAGUUGGCUGCUCCAUAAACUGUAGAUGUGAAGGAUGUAAGAAUGCAUUCGGCAAAAAAGAGGCGUAUUUACUUGCUAUCAUGGAGAGCAAACAAGAGGAAGAUGUAUCAAAAAUCCAACAAAACUCCGACCUGCCGAAAGAAGUCGAGCAGAACCCAAGUUCUGAUCAACCUUCAACACCACUGCCACCGUACAGACAUAUGGUGGUCCAUCAGCCAUUUUUGUCUAAGAACAGGCUGCCUCCUACACAGUUUUUUCUCGGCGCAGGUUCUUCCUCUUUUAGAAAGCCAGACCGUGAUUUAACGCAGGCAAGGAUUGAUAAGAAGCCUCUUGAAACUGUGGCCCAAGACAAAACAGAGAUUAUGCCUGAGAUUCUCAGCGAUACUCCUAUAACUACCGUCAAGGCCAUCUCUCCCAACAGCAAGAGAGUCUCUCCUCCUCACAUUGGCUCCUCGGAAUCAGGUUCCAUCCUUGGGAAGAGAACUAAUGGCCGGAAACUGAUUCUACGGUCUAUUCCAGCUUUUCCUUCUCUUAACCCAAAUCAGUGAAAAUAAAAGUGCCAUUUGGUCAACUAUUUGUAUCUUUGUAAGGUUCUAGAUGAUUUCAAGCCUAUCUCUGUUUCGAAAUAUAAGCAACAUAUUCUUGUAAGAUGCUCUUAUCUUUUAGCAGGUAAUGUAAUAUCACAUUCUAGUUUAUAUAAAGCAUCCAAAAAUGGACUUAGAUA